AGGUUUGGGCCAACGCGCUGCUCGCAAAGGUUCCAUCUCCGCGCCCAGCGGUUUGCGCAGAUCAUCAGCUGCAGCUUCUUUCUUUCUUCCUUUCUUUCUUUCUUCCUUCUACGUUCCGAUCCAUUAUUUCUAUUCAUCCAAUCCAAUUCAUACAUAAACAUAUGGAGAAUUUGAUAACAUUGGUGAACAAGCUGCAGAGAGCUUGUACUGCCCUCGGCGACCAUGGAGAAGAGAGCGCUCUCCCCACCCUCUGGGAUUCCUUGCCCGCCAUCGCUGUCGUUGGUGGACAGAGCUCUGGGAAGUCUUCAGUUCUGGAAAGUAUUGUUGGAAAGGAUUUCUUGCCUCGUGGGUCAGGGAUCGUGACUCGGCGCCCUCUCGUAUUGCAGCUCCACAGAAUCGAUGAAGGAAGAGAAUAUGCUGAGUUCAUGCACCUUCCCAGGAAGAGGUUCACUGAUUUUGCUGCUGUCAGACAAGAAAUCUCUGAUGAGACUGAUCGAGAGACCGGCCGAUCCAAACAAAUUUCAAGUGUUCCGAUUCAUCUCAGCAUUUUCUCCCCUAAUGUGGUGAACCUGACCUUGGUCGACCUUCCUGGGCUCACAAAAGUAGCAGUUGAGGGUCAACAGGAGAGCAUUGUCCAAGAUAUCGAGAAUAUGGUUCGAGCCUAUAUUGAAAAGCCCAACUGCAUUAUUCUGGCUAUAUCUCCUGCCAAUCAAGAUCUUGCUACCUCCGAUGCAAUUAAGAUCUCCCGAGAAGUAGAUCCUAAAGGUGAGAGGACAUUUGGAGUUUUGACAAAGAUUGAUCUUAUGGACAAGGGCACUGAUGCAGUUGAUAUCCUGGAGGGAAGAGCAUAUAAGCUCCAAUAUCCUUGGAUUGGCGUUGUCAAUCGAUCUCAAGCUGAUAUUAACAAAAGCGUUGACAUGAUUGCUGCUCGGAAAAGAGAGAGAGAAUAUUUUUCUAGUAGCCCGGAGUAUCGACAUCUCGCUAGCAGGAUGGGAUCUGAGUAUCUAGGGAAGGUUCUUUCUAAGCAUUUGGAAACUGUCAUCAAGUCAAGGAUUCCAGGCCUUCAAUCUCUUAUCAACAAGACCAUCAUUGAAUUAGAGACGGAAUUGAGCCGUCUCGGGAAGCCUGUUGCCACUGAUACCGGAGGAAAGCUCUACAUGAUAAUGGAAAUCAGCCGUGGUUUUGACCAAAUAUUCAGAGAACAUCUUGAUGGGACCCGCUCGGGAGGUGAUAAAAUAUAUGGCGUCUUUGAUAACCAACUUCCCGCUGCACUAAAGAGACUGCAAUUCGACAAGAAUCUUUCAAUGGAUAAUGUGCGGAAGCUUAUAACUGAAGCUGAUGGUUAUCAACCACAUCUUAUAGCUCCAGAGCAAGGAUACAGACGCCUUAUUGAAUCUUCAUUAGGUACUAUCAAAGGUCCUGCCGAGGCUGCUGUCGAUGCGGUUCAUGCAAUAUUAAAGGAAUUGGUCCAUAAGUCUAUCAGCGAGACAGUGGAACUAAAGCAGUAUCCCACCCUGAGAGCAGAAGUUGCCAAUGCAGCUUGUGAAUCAUUGGACAGGAUGAAAGAAGAGAGCAAGAGAGCAACGCUACAGCUAGUGGACAUGGAGUGCGGUUACCUAACUGUUGAGUUCUUCAGGAAGCUUCCCCAAGACAUUGAGAAGGGUGGAAAUCCUUCCCAUUCCAUUUUCGAUAGAUACAAUGAUGCUUACCUCCGGCGUGUUGGGACUACCGUGCUCGCCUAUAUCAACAUGGUUUGUGCAAGCCUGCGCAAUGCCAUACCCAAGUCCAUUGUUUAUUGUCAAGUCCGUGAAGCCAAACGCAGCUUAUUGGACUAUUUCUUUGCAGAGCUGGGUAAGAAAGAGACAAAACAAUUGUCCUCGUUGCUUGAUGAAGAUCCCACAAUUAUGCAGCGCCGAACGUCCCUUGCAAAGAGGUUGGAGCUGUACAGAAGUGCACAAGCAGAAAUCGAGGCGGUUGCUUGGGCAAAGUAAAAGGUGGGAUGGAUGGGAUAAAAUUAUGCAGGCAUAGGGACAGUGAUAGUCGAGCAAAGCAUUAAUGCUUGUGUUUGGUUUUCGACUUGAAUCAUGAUCUAACUCAAUUUGAUUUUAUAUAAUGAUCGCAAGUGUUAAUAAAUA